UCAAAUAUAUCUCUUCCACUAAACAAAUCUGUUCUUUCAAUUUAGGACUAAAAAAAAGGUUCAUUGUUUUUUUGUAUUAAUAUUAUAAUGUCAAAAUAACUUCAAUACAUAAACCAAACACUUCCCCUCAAUUCCUUCCUCGCCAAAACUAUGCCUUCUACUUCCACCCUCAUUCUCUCUAUCUUCAUCCUCCUCUCCGCCAUCCACGGCCGCGCCUCUCGGGCCCCCUUCGCCUGCGAUCCAAAUAAUUCCGUGACUACCGAUUACCCAUUCUGCCGGCGGUCGUUGGUAGUGGGAGAAAGAGUAAAGGAUCUGAUCGGAAGGUUGACGUUGGAAGAGAAGGUGAAGCUGCUAGUGAGCAAUGCCGGAGGCGUUCCACGGCUGGGGAUUAAAGCGUACCAGUGGUGGUCGGAGGCUUUGCAUGGGGUCUCCAAUGUCGGCCCAGGUACGAGGUUCGGCGGCGAAUUCCCCGCCGCUACAAGCUUCCCGCAGGUCAUUAGCACCGCCGCCUCCUUCAAUGCUUCGCUGUGGGAAGCCAUCGGACGGGUGGUGUCGGACGAAGCAAGGGCAAUGUACAAUGGAGGAGUAGGCGGGCUAACGUAUUGGAGUCCAAAUGUGAACAUUUUUAGGGACCCUAGGUGGGGUCGUGGACAAGAGACUCCCGGUGAAGACCCCAUCUUAGCCGGUACCUACGCUGUUAAUUACGUUAGAGGUUUGCAGGGCACUGAGGGUAACCGUUUGAAGGUAGCUGCCUGUUGUAAGCAUUUUACUGCCUAUGACCUUGAUAACUGGAAUGGCGUGGACCGCUUUCACUUUAACGCCCAAGUGAGUAAACAAGAUAUUGAAGAUACGUUUGAGGUGCCAUUCAGAAUGUGUGUUAAGGGAGGAAAAGUAUCCAGUGUGAUGUGCUCAUACAAUCAGGUCAAUGGUGUUCCCACCUGUGCCGAUCCUAAUCUUCUAACCAACACCCUCCGUUCUCAAUGGCAUCUCGACGGGUACAUUGUGUCUGAUUGCGACUCCGUUGGAGUGUUUUAUAAUAGUCAACACUACACUUCUACUCCUGAAGAGGCCGCUGCUAUGGCUAUUAAAGCAGGUUUGGAUUUGGAUUGUGGGUCAUUUUUGGAAACCCAUACAGAGAAUGCAGUGAAAAGAGGGUUGUUAAAUGAAUCCCACAUUAAUGGUGCUCUGUCCAACACUCUUUCCGUUCAAAUGCGCCUUGGAAUGUUCGAUGGCGAUUUGAAAACACAACCUUAUGCUCAUUUGGGCGCCAAACAUGUCUGCAGCGACCACAAUCGGCAGCUCGCUGUCGAUGCCGCUCGUCAAGGUAUUGUCCUUCUUGAGAAUCGCCGAGGUUCUCUUCCGCUCUCCACCAAUCGCCACCGUAUCGUCGCUGUCGUUGGCCCUAACUCCAAUGCCACUCUUACCAUGAUCGGGAAUUAUGCUGGUAUUGCUUGUGAAUACAUUACGCCAUUGCAAGGAAUCAGUAAAUACACAAGAACGAUUCACCAGGAGGGAUGCAGAGGCGUGGCCUGCCGGUCGAACAAGUUUUUCGGCGGAGCAAUAGAGGCGGCACGUGUAGCAGAUGCGGUGGUGCUUGUAAUGGGUCUGGACCAGUCCAUUGAGGCUGAAUUUAGGGAUCGGGCUGGGCUUCUUCUACCUGGGCUUCAGCCAGACUUGGUAUUGAAGGUGGCUUCUGUGGCAAAAGGUCCAGUUAUUUUGGUUUUAAUGUCCGGUGGCCCAAUCGACGUUUCGUUUGCGAAGGAUCAUCCUAAAAUUUCAGGUAUCAUUUGGGGUGGCUACCCCGGUCAGGCUGGAGGACUCGCCAUUGCUGAUGUUUUGUUUGGUCAAACUAAUCCAGGUGGAAAACUACCGAUGACAUGGUAUCCACAAGACUACGUAUCGAAACUACCCAUGACAACAAUGAGCCUAAGGCCCGGGACAUCUUAUCCAGGACGAACAUACAGAUUCUACAAAGGCCCCGUUGUUUAUCCAUUUGGCCACGGCUUAAGCUACACCGCUUUCACUCACAAAAUCCUCAGCGCACCCACGACCCUCACCGUCCCCGUUACCGGCCACCGACAUCCCCACAACGGCAGUGAAUUCUGGGGCAAGGCUGUAAGAGUCACACAUGCAAAGUGCGACAGGUUGUCCCUGGUGAUCAAGGUGGCAGUGAGGAACAUAGGCGCACGAGAUGGGGCGCACACGUUGCUAGUUUACUCCAUCCCACCAAUGGGGGUUUGGGUUCCCCAGAAGCAGCUAGUGGCAUUUGAGAAGGUCCAUAUUGAUGCCCAGGCCCUAAAAGAAGUCCAGAUUAAUAUCCACGUUUGCAAGCUUUUGAGCGUAGUGGACAAAUAUGGGAUCAGAAGAGUUCCAAUGGGGGAGCAUGGGAUUGAUAUUGGUGAUAAUGUUAGGCAUAUUGUGUCGCUACAGCCUCAGACAUUGGGAAUUAUCAAAUCCUAAAUGUGUUACGGAUUUGCCCUCUUCCACGAUUUUGAUUGAUAAUGAUGGUUUUGUCCUUUUCAGAAUUGGAUUAUCAUGACAUGUAUUUCUUUGUUGAAAGAAAAGGGGUAUUUUUUUAGACCUCACUUGGAAUUGGGAACUGCGAUUAUUAUGCAUAAAGUAUUUCUUUCAAA